CAACGAUGUCGCAGAAGCGCCCAUUGGCAAUGGCGCGAGCAGCCGAACUGGGCGAACGCAAACCUGGUCAUUUCCCAAGUAGCACCAUGUUGCGCAGCCUUCUUCUUGCCCUGUUUGUCUCGACGGUGACGGCCGUCGCGCCGUGCGCUGGCGAAGACGUGGGCAUGGCCCUCAUGGGCCCGCUUACGAGCCUCGACGCCGAGGGCUGCGCCAAGGACACGGGCAACACGAACCUUAUCGGCAGCGUCUGGACGCAUGCGCAAGCCACGAAAAUCCUAAGUAGCGACCACUGCGCCAAGAUGUGGGCCGAGAUGGCGGCCAACCUCAAGAUGAUCCCCGAAUGCACCUAUGCGGCAGGCACGACCAAUUUGAAGUACGCGGCCCAGUCGUUUGCCGAGUUUGCCAACGACAUUGUCAAGAGUACUGGCGCCCUCCCGGCGACGACCGCGCCGGCCACGCAAGCUCCCGCGCCGUCGACCAAGGUCCCGAUGACGACGACGACGUCCGCUCCGACCACCACCGCCGCUGUAAUCGCGACGUCAUCCAACAGCACGGCGACCCCAACGACGGCAACAACAGGCGGCAACACGACCUCGACGGUGCCGGUUGUAGAUGCCACGUCCAAGCAAACAACUGCGCCGACGACUGCACCGACGACUGCACCUUCGGCAGCCACCUCGGCAAUGCUCACGACAACCGUCCUUGCUGUGGCCGCGGCCAUGUACCUGUAGAUGCGUGCAGCGACCGUGCCGCCUAAUUAAAUGAAAACAGACACACACAAGUGUGUCUAUCUCUGGAGCACGCAA